UUUUUUGCAUUACAAAGUCUGUGACAACACGGCAGGGGACGGAAAAUGUGUAACUGCUGCAAGUGUUUUUUCAGCUGCUGGGAAGAUUUCUACUGGAACUGCAUCGAGGAGAAGUUCUGUUUCGACGAAACGUUAGUUAACUACGACCCGGAAGAAGAUGAAAAGGUGGUCAAAAAUAAGAGCAAAAACGGCUACUACAGUGGACCGACGGCGGACGGUGACUCGGCCGAGAACAACAAUGCACCGAUAUGUCGCCAACCGGCGGGUGGUGCUGGUGGCAGCAUCGGACGUAACAUGUCGAUGAGCUCCGCCUGCAAAAUUCACGAGGACGAUUUGCGCCGAGAGAUUCAAACCAACGUCCCGAUGCUGGCACCGGAAGUGAUGGCCAUCUUUGCUAAUUCACAAAUUUUCCAAUCCAACGCACCGCCCAAGCAGCAGCAAACGUCAAAGGCCACCUCGCCGUCGUCGGUGAAGUUUGCCAUUUCCGAUUCCGGUUCACCGAUCGAUGUGACGACCCCGGCGGCCGCCGCCACCUCCACCGCCGAGCCUGGUGCUGGCGAUGACGGCCGCUCGGAGAGUUCGGAUAAGCUCCUGAAACGGCUUGAAGGAACGUCGCUGGGUGAGCGAGAUAACCGUGGUGUCAUUCCGGCCAUCGUCGAGGAAGAGGACAUCGACGGGGCGGGGUCCGAGCGGGACGACGAGGUCAUCUUGAGGCCCCCGCGUGUCUUUUCCGAUGCGGCCCUAUCGAAGUCCAUUCCGCGCGACGUGGGCAGCAGUAUGGUGCACAAGCAGAUCAGCUACCUUCAGGCAGAGGUACCAUACUUUGCCAUUCGUCCGGCCAGCGAGAACGACAUCUUUACAAUAUCGUCGUCCGUGGGCGGCGGUGGUGGCGGUGGAAGCAGCGGCUCUGGAGCGUAUAAUGCCAUCAGCAUGACACCGGAGGUGCCGGCCAUUUCGUACUCGAACCUCCCGAAGAACUACCUCGAGACGCCCGUCAUCGAGAAGUACCGCGAGUCGGUCAGUUUGUACUCAAUUCAGACGGCCGGCAUCAACCGGCAAUCGCAGACGGACGAUCUUUCGAUGCCACGGUACUACGGCAAGUCGGAGCUGUUCGUGGUCGGCAUCGAUCGGGCCGGUAGCCGCAGUGCGGACGCCGUUGAGAUGGGCCGAUCCGACGACGGGAGCAGCGGCACCCUGGCCAAAAACCAACGCAUCGCUCGCACCAACAUCGAAAAGAGCAAACGAUUGAUGAACAUCCGCACGGCAUUGCCACCGCUUAAUCUGGGCCUAGUACGGGGCCACUCGUCCGCCAACCUGAGGGAACGGGAUCGUGAUUCGAAGGAACGCGACAGACACUCCAAAUCGAAGGAGAGCAUGCGUGUCUAGAGGGCGCGGCCGCCCAUGCCAAGUUUACUUAACAAAUCAGUGCCAAGUACAGUAUACGGGGAACGUUGUGUCCCACGUGCUGGUUUCCGGCAGGUUUCAUGUUGUUACUUAGGUUUGUUGUUUUCAGUGAGGAUCUCCCCUGUACGAGAGUAGUGGAGGUAUUAAGAACCAGCGUUGUUAUGCAACUGUGGAG